AUGACAGACUGGUCUACAAUCACAAUGACUCCCACCCCGAAAUACCCUCGUCCUCCCCCAACCUCCCCAGACAGACUACAACUCGGGCGAGAUCCAACCUCGAUAGACGCAGACCCAAAUCUAUACUACUCCAUCUGCUCAACCCGCCAAACAUGUUUCGACAGGACCAUCACCACAGACGAAAAUCCUGAAAAAACAGUUCUAUACUUAGCAUACGGCUCGAAUCUAUCCAUCGAAAAAUUCCGUGGUGAUCGAGGCAUUGCGCCGCUUUCGCAGGUGAAUGUGUACGUGCCGGAGCUGAGGCUUACGUUUGAUUUGGCUGGGAUACCAUAUCUGGAGCCUUGUUUUUCGGGGACGCAAUACCGGACUGUUGAUAAUACACAUGUCAUUCAAGAACGAUAUAAGGAUAUAGUCGACGAUGAUAUCCUCGAAAAGAAAGAAAUAGAUCUCGAAUCAGGCCAUUACCUGAUCCAAAAUCGGGGGUAUAACAAAGACCAAUGGCACAAACCUCUCAUCGGAGUCGUAUACGAAGUCACACUCUCCGAUUACGCACACAUAAUCGCAACCGAAGGCGGCGGAAAUGGAUACGUCGAUAUUGUGACUCCCUGCUUCCCAUUCCCUUCUACUACUACCGGGGAAUACAAUCCCAACGAUCCAACGCCAGAUGUGCCGAGUGGUACGGCAUUUAUGGCUCAUACACUGUUAUCGCCGCCGAAAUCAGCGUAUGGACCGAAUAGUCAUCUUGUUCGUCCCGUACCGUCGUAUGCGCAGCCGUCGGCGAGAUACUUGAAGUUGAUGACCGAUGGAGCUGCGGAGCUGGAUUUUCCAGUGACGACGUUUGGACAAGGGGUCGGGCAGAAGUUGGCGUUAUACGUUUUGAUUCCGUUGAUGCUAGUUUUUAUUCGGUUGGGAGAGUUGCUUGCGGAUGAUGAUGGGAUUACACCAAGUUGGUUGGGGAGGAUAUUUGAUAUUAUCAGAGAGUUGACAUGGAGGAUUUACGAUGUUGUUUUGGUUAAAGUGUUGGGGGAUGGGGAGAGGAGUAUUGAUGAUAUAUAG